AUGUGUCCGGCCCUACUCGAUGGCACCAAGCUGCCCAUGAGCCUUCAAAGUUUGCGAAUCUCUGGCCGCUUCCCCAAGACCUUGGAGGAGAUGGUCUUUCCAGGUGGACUUCAGGAUCUGACCUUGGGCGAUGGCUUCCAGAGCUGCCAGGGCUUGAAGCUGCCAUCAGGGCUGAAGAGCUUGACCUUUGGGAGGUGUUUCAACAGAGCUUUGUCUCAGUCGCCCCCGUCGUCGUGUUCUUUUUUUCCUUCGGGACGCAUUUUGGGACGAUCGAAGCCGGGGCGUUCAGCGGAGAAAACCGUGGAACACAUGGGGAAGCCAGAUGGGCUCCUGGCAGGUCUACGCAUUCGUUGUUGA